GCGGCGGUGCGCGGGAUGCGGCGCGGGCAGGAGGAUCCCGGGUCGAGCCGCGGCCCCGCGCGGUUCGUGCUGGGGGUAGACGUGGGCAGCACCGUGCUCAAGUGCCACGUCUAUGACCGCGAGGCCGCCGUGCGCGGCUCCGCCUGCAGGAAGGUGGAAUCCCUUUAUCCUUGUCCUGGCUGGGUUGAAUUAGAUCCUGAAGUGCUGUGGAGUCAGUUUGUUGUUGUAAUAAAAGAGGCUGUACAAGCUGCGGGACUUCACAUGAGGCAAAUCGCUGGUCUUGGCAUCUCAGCUCAGAGAGCAACUUUCAUUACAUGGCACAAGAGGACAGGGAAACCUUUUCAUAAUUUCAUCAGUUGGCAAGACUUAAGAAGUGCUGAACUUGUGAAUUCCUGGAAUAGGUCCUUUUUGCUGAAGGUAAUCCAUGUUAUUUUUACAGUGCUUCAUUUCUUGACUAGGAGUGAUCGAUAUUUGGCACCAAGUUUUCUUACUUUUUCAACACAUCAAACUUCUAUGAAGUUGUCAUGGGUUUUUAAAAACAUACAUGAGGCUGAAGAAGCUGCCAAAAGAAAUAACUGCUGCUUUGGAACUGUUGACACGUGGUUACUCUAUAGGUUGACUAAAGGUUCUGUGUAUGCUACAGAUUACUCAAAUGCCAGCGCUACAGGCAUUUUUGACCCGUUUACGAAAUGUUGGAACUCCGGUUUGUGUUAUUUACUUUCCAUUCCAAUGUCUAUUUAUCCUUCAGUGAAAGACACAAGCUUCAACUUUGGAUCAGCUGACUCCGAAAUAUUUGGGGUACCUGUUCCAAUAAUGGCAAUGGUCGCAGACCAGCAGGCAGCCGUGUUUGGAGAAUGCUGCUUUCACCCAGGAGACGUUAAGGUGACAAUGGGAACAGGAGGGUUCUGGAAUGUGAACACUGGGGAUCACCUCUUUGCAUCACAGAGAGAUCUGUAUCCGUUGAUUGGUUGGAAGAUUGGGGAAGAAGUUGUUUACUUAACUGAAGGCUGCAUGACGGACAUUGGCACUGCCAUAAAAUGGGCUCAGGAUACAAGUCUUUUCACCAAUGUAGAUGAAACAGAAAAAAUGGCACGGAGUGUUGUUGAUUCUGGAGGCGUUUGUUUUGUUCCAGGCUUUCAGGCUUCUGUGAAUGACCCAUAUUUAUGUGCUUCCUUCACGGGGCUGAAACCUUGCACUACCAGGAACCAUCUUGUACGAGCUAUAUUGGAAUCUGUAGCUUUCAGAAACAAACAGCUUUAUGAUAUCAUUGUGAAGAAGGUACGCAUUCCUCUUCAAACCAUUCGAGCUGAUGGAGGUGUCAGUAAUAAUAGCUUUGUCAUGCAGAUGACUUCAGAUUUAAUUAAUAAGAAAAUAGAGAAACCUGCAAAUGCGGACAUGUCCAGUCUUGGAGCAGCUUUUCUAGCAGGCCUUGCUUCAGGAUUUUGGACUGACAAAGAACAACUGAAGAAGCUAAGACGAAUAGAAGCAGUUUUUGAGCCUCAGAAGGACUUUGAGGAAUACAGACCUGCUUUGGAUACCUGGCUGCAAGCAAUAAAACACUCCCCGCACUGCCUCAAGUCUACAGGAGAGACGCUUCACUGUAAAUGAUGGAUGCAAAAAGGCCUUGCUAUAUUCACCACCCAAGCCUCUCAAAUGAGCUGCAACAAUAUGUGUUUUGUUGGAGAGAGGUUCAAAGUAGUAAGUCUGAAACAAACAGGGUGUCCAAGUCUACCGAGAUGGAUCAGCCUUUGGAGGUUCUACCUAAGAAAAGAACCAAGUCAGCUAUGUUUAAAAUCUCACUGUAACGAACUUUGCCAAGAUUUUUGAGUACUGUUUUCUCUUUAGCAGCGUUUUCUUCUCUCCUGUAACAGCUAUUUUUAUGUGAAAUUAAUUCAGUCGCUCUCAUCUGUUUUUAACAAGAACGUUUAUACUUGCUUUUUCAGAAGAAAGUAAAAAAGGAAAAUACUGAGUUGCUGUUUCAGCUUGCUAGCUUCUUUUUCAUGUAAUCUCUGUAGCAAGAUCCUUCAACUAGUCCCCUUGUUUCCAGGGUCAAAGCACAGCACAGAGGCUCACCAGUCUAACGGCAGCCUUGUGGAAAAAGGUGGGUAACCAUUUCUUGCCAGUCAGUGGGGCAUGGAAUAGAGCAGGGGUUGUGGUCUUACUGGUCCAAGCCAAAAAGUACAGACAAGGUCGUGAUCCCCUCUUCAAACAAGAAAGCAAUUAAACUAGCAACAGUUGAAAACCAGUGUGUUGUGAUGAAAGAGGAAGGGUGGGCAAUCUGAAAGGGAUGUGACAGAGGGAACAAGGUGAUAUUCGAAGGCUGCAAGACCACUGGCUGUUUUUGGAGGGAAACAUAACUUCCUGCAGUGCAGGUUCUACUGUAAUUAGCCACUAAACACAUGCCUUAGCAUGUCUAAAAAAAACUAUUCCAAGAUAUUUUUCAAUGCAGCAAUCAUUCCGGGAUAAAGUUUAGGCUUUCUGUAAGUUCUGAAAGUCUGUGUGUUGGUUUAGAAUGUUACAGCAGUAGCAUACUUGCCCUCGAGCAACCUGUGUCAGCAGCUUCAAGCUGAGCAGUGUAUAUACGUAGUCCUCUCCAGCCUGCUGCUGA